AUGGAUAUCCCAUCUUUGGAAGUGUUCAGGGUUGAAUAUGUCAGUGAACAAUCUGGUCUGGUGGAAGGUGUCCAUGCCCAUGGCAGUGAGACCCUCAGGUCUGGAGGCCAUGGAAACCUGCCUGCUGACUUAGUGUCCUCUGUCACAUUCCUUCUAGGUCAAGGUGAUUUUGAUUUAGCUGAUGCCCUUGAUCACCCUGAUGACAUAAUUACCAGGAAACCUACAGUGAUCAGAAGACCAACAAGACCUGUGUUCAACAAUGAUCUGCAUUUGGGAGAUGCUUUUGGUGGGGGUGACAUCUCAAGAAAACCUUUAUACCCACCUCUUCCACCACGCCCAGGAAGUUAUGGUAAUUCUGGAGGUUUUGAUGAUUCAGAUCUCCUCGAUGGAAAGCCUUUACCACCAGGAGACGAGCAGCAUCAUUUCAAUCAUGGAGGGAACACAGAUUCUGGUUUAAUAGCUGGAGUUACAUCUCCUGUAAUUUCUGCUUUUGUGAUACUGGUUGUUGGAUCAAUAGCAGCUUACACCGCUUACAAGAAUAAGAAACUUUGUUUCAAACCACGUGCAUAUACCAGUACAUCAAUAUACCAGUGUGCAGAUGCACUUUUAGGUGUCAAUUUCCCUUUUAACCAGAAUGAUGAUGAUGGUAAAUACAAAUUUAUAAUGAUUGUAUUAACUAUUUCUAGUAUCAUCAUUUCAGGGUGCGAGAGAACAAAUGCUGCAGCUUGGAGUGGCAACAGAGAUCUCUUGCAAAUUGUUGGAAAUAAAGUUUUAAAUAGUUGA